GUGCAGAUGAACCUGAUCCCCAACAUUGCCUUUGGAAGGGUGGCCAACCGUCAUAUCGUUCGCAUCUUCUUUCCUGCUCUCUACCGGUCUGGCCAGCCAGCAUUUUUCCCUAAUGCUUUGCUCCACGUGUUCUACGACAAAUGCCUACGGCCUGCUGUCUACGCAGUUUUGCAGCCUCAUGCUUCAUACUGGCCUACCAGCUAUAAGACAGCACUCGAGAAAGCAAGGACAGUUAACGGUACCUUGGUCUUUGGCUCCCUGGACGUUCCCGCACACGAGCUGGAUGCGCUGGCUGAGGCUCUGAUGCACAACCUCGACAAUGUUGAUCGUUCAUUUGCCGGUGCUUACUUUGGGCACGAGCUCCGUGGCUGGAAGUCCAUGACAAUGUUCAGUGACGAAGAUGUGGAUGACGUCUACCGUGGACUUGACAGGCUCACAGACUGUCUGCGCUUGGAGGACCUCGAUACAGAGAACGACUGGCAAGUGGACGUGGGGAUUGAGAUCUCCUCUCCCGAUCAUGUUGUCACUUGGCGCGAGGACUCACACAGCCAUAUCCUUUCGGACCUCCUUCCCUCUCUCUCUGAUGAACGGAUCAAUCGAAUCAUGGCGUCGCGUUCCUUCCAUGAGGACCCGGUGAUGCAGCUGGGUAGAGUUUCUGGCUUCCGGGCUGACAUACCGUUUUAUGGGCGUCGACACAACAUCUCAUACAUCCAAGCAUACACAACAGAGAAAGCUCUAUCAUACCAGCUCCAUCAAGGCUUGUUUCGCACUCGAUCCCCCCACCUUUUACUCAAUCGCAGUAAUCACGACAAGUUGUUGUCGGACAUGAUGAGGAUGGGUGUCAUCCUAUUGGAGGCUGCAGCAGAAGAUGGAACUUCAAGACCACAGUCCGGCAGUGCCAGACUGGAGAUCCGUGUCCCGCUUGCCAAUGCAGAUACUAGGGCCCUCCGCAUGUCACAUGCACGCAUUGCUUCGAGUGUUUACCGCAUUCCUGCCACAGUAUGGUGGUGA